AUGUACAGCCUGAUAUUAGCAACUCUUUCACACUGGUAUCACCUGGCAUUCUCAGGGGCUGGCAACUCCAAACAGGACUCUGGGCUGUUCCAUUUGUUGCAGCAGGCCCUUUCCUGCCCUGAUCAGGCAGGCUGCCAAGUUUUGGGGCUGACUUUAAAUCCCAGCCACAAGCUCAUCAACAACACUGCCUUUGCUGUGCUGUGGCCUCCCAUAAAUAUUCAUAAAAUUAUGGUACCAUUCACAAAGCAGAAAAAUGCAAUAUGCUUCUAUACACAUUGGUUCUUUUUGGAUUGCUGUCUGAUCCUGUGCAUAGUGUGGGUGUACCCAUGGGUGUCUGAGGGCAUACCCAUACCCAUACCCACAUGGGUUGCAUACCCAUGGCAUGGGUAUGGGUUUUGCAUGGGUAUCAUGGGUACCCUUGGGUAUGGGUACCAUCAUGGGUAG